CGAUUCAAUAUAAAUUAGCUUUUCUACAAGUAUCUGAGUGAAGAGGAACAAGUAAACAAGCAUUAGCAAAACUACCGCUUCCAUCUGAAUUGUUUUAGACAUGUCUAGUAUUUCCGUAAAAUACUUUGCUGUAUUAAAAAGCAUGGCCCUAGCUGUUCAAAGAAUUCAACCUUCUGAUAGAAUUCACUAUGGCUCUUAGUAGCCAUAAGGAAAAUUACUUCAAUAGUUCUUUUUGUUAUAUAUGCGUAGGACAGACAUCCUUGUGCUUCAAAUGUAUAUAUAUUGAUGGCCCAAAAUGAUUGUCUCUUGGCAGAGUUGGUUCCAAAAGAUAGUAUGACGGAUUUAGUUUGUUUUUGGCUUAAAUUCGCAUAAAUCACAACAAUUCCAAAUCCCAACUAAGCCUGAAGCCUAGAUGAAUGCCAGUACGCCUACCGAAAUAGUUUUUCGAUAAUUGUUUCUUGCUAGUUAUAACCAUGUUUCAUACAAUCCUUUUGGAGAAAGAGAAUGCUGUGUCUUCAAUAUGGCUGGAAGAGUGGGUUUGCAGCAUUUAUGCAUAUUGUUUGUUUUUUUUGAUCAAUCAAUUACUUCAUUAAGGCAGGCCAUAGCCCCAACAGAGUUAGACAACAGUCCGAACCCAAAUACAAUCUCAUAAGGAAAGCUGAAUUCUCCUACUCUACCCAGAACGAUAUAGUAAAGGAGGAAACAACCCAUAACAACUAGCUUAAGGAAACUGGAGGGCAGGGAAGACCAUCUGGAGAGACCCACCGACCACUUUCCAAGCGAGGCUGCUGUAUGAGCUGCCAUAUAUAUUCGCUUCACGGGGAAUCCAUUCCCAGAAGAUCCGAUUGAAGAAGAUUAUGUUCACGACUCCAAGGAGAAUUGCACUAGCUUCAACCGAUCCGUGACAUGAUUGCUUCGAUCCACCCGCAAUCAUUAUGAUCACGAAUCACAACACCUAAACCUCCAAUUGAUGGAUCGACCCAGGCCGCAUCACAGUUAUCCGGAGGGGGAGGUUCCCAUUUUGUGAUGAAAUCAGAAGAGAGAGCCGGGGUGGGAGUAAUCGCAGUUAAAAACUCAUCUGCAAGUCUCACGCCGAAGUCAAGAACCAUUGCAGGGGAGAGUUGUUGAUGUUGGUAUACGAACUGACAUGACAUCGGGCUUUCCAGAUUGCCCAGCACAAAAAACAGAUUAAGGUCAGUACCCUUUUCUUCUCUUUAGCUAUGGAAUCAAGUUCAGCAAUUCCCAAUAACCAAAUGUCUAUAGAAAUGACCUGUUGUUUAUUAAUUCUGAGACCCAAAGGGGAUCCAAACCAGAUAGCAUCAACCCAUGGGCAAAGAAGUUGAACAUGCUCCAUAGUUUCUGUAAACUCUCCACAUAUAGGGCAAAGAGGGUUUGUAGUUAGUUUUCUUCGCAAGAGGGAUGGAGUUGCUCCAUUUAAAAUCCUCCAGAAGAACAGUCUAAUCUUAGGGAGGGUAGGAAGUUUCCAUAGUAACUUCCAGCAUUUCGGGUCCACCGAAUGAGAUGGUCCUAUGCUGGGAGAAGAAGACUUAGAGUCAAGUGAAUGAAUCCAAUGAUACCCUGAUUUCACAGUGUAGCAACCAGACUUGUUCCAAGGCCAGAUUAGGCGAUCAUGACCUCCCCUUCUUCCUUCUUCCUAUAGGAAUAGCCCGAAUAUGAGUGAUAACUUCAGGUUGUAGGAUAUGAAGAAUAUGAUCCAAAGCCCACGUUCUAGUGUCCCAGUCGAUUAACUCACUGACCAGAGUAGGAGCACUACUUGGGACAGUCCCAUUAACUACUAUCAACCCAUUAUUAGGAGGGGGAAUCCAUCUAUCAGACCAGAUAUUAAUAGAAGAGCCAUCGAUGACUUGCCAGCAAGAACCAUUAAGAAGAACAUCCCUUGCUUCAAUUAAACUUGACCAUCCCCAAGAUGCACGGUGACCUUUAAUAGCCUUAGUGAAGUCACAAUCAGGGUAGUAUCUCGCCUUAAGCACUUUGGCCCAUAGUGAAUCCGGGUCUUGCAAGAGUCUCCAGCAUUGCUUUGCCAGAAGGGAGAGAUUAAAAUGGUGUAAAUCUCUGAACCCAAUUCCGCCCUCAGACUUUGCCCUGCCCAAAUAACUCCAACUCUUCCAAUGAAUCUUAGGACCCGAGUCUGUAGAACCCCACCAGUAGUUACUCAAGGCUGAGUUAAUUUCCUCGCAGACUCCUUUAGGAAACAUGAAACAGGCCAUUGGAUAGGAUGGGACAGCCAAUGCUACAGAUUUGAGCAAAACUUCUUUCCCAGCAAGACAGAGAGACUUCUGCUUCCAACCCUCCAAUUUUCUGUUAAUCUUUUCCUUGAUGAAAACCAGGGCCUCUUUCUUUGAUCUUCCCCAAACAGUUGGCAAGCCAAGAUAUGUACCCGGAUUCUCAACAACCUUAAUCUUUAACAAAGCACACAUUAACCUCUUCAUCUGAUCUGGGGUAUUUGGUGAGAAAAAGAUGCUCGAUUUCUCAUGGUUUAACAGCUGCCCAUGGUUUAUGCAUAUUGUUGGGUGGGUGUAACUUCACGUUUUGAAAUGAAGUGGUAUUAAUGUCGGUGCAAUGAUAUGCGCUUUUUUUUUUUUCUUUUUCUUUUUCUCUCUCCUUGUCAAAAAGGGUGGCGUGAAUUUGAGACCUUAACCAACACUUAAUAAGCUUGUUUACCUCUAGGAUCAAAUGCUAAUCAACUAGAUAACAAGCUUGAAAAUUCUAUUGAAGUUGGAUUCUUGCAGGAACUAUGAAUGUUUUAAUUACUUAGUUUUGCUUAAUAGCUUGAUGUCUGGAUAAACUGGUAUGCGUGUGGGACUGGAUUUAACAGUGGAGACUGGACAGUGUGGGCUCAUUGGCAUCACUACUUUACGGACAGUGUGGGCUCAUUUGCUUUAUGAUUGUGGAAACGCAUGGGAAACAUUUCGAGGAAACUUCCUCGGCACCUUUGCUUUAAUUAGUGAUUUGAGAAUCCAAUGAACUCUGCCUUUUUCUUCUUCAGAGUCUAGAAACUCUUUCACAGUCUCUCUUGUUAUCUCACAGAUUUCAAUGGUGAUCAUUCAAGAAGCCUCUUCUUCUUCUUCUUCUUCUUACUCCACCCAUCCAUGGAAAUACCAUGUCUUUUUGAGUUUUAGAGGUGAGGAUACCCGCAACAAUUUCACAGGCCAUUUGUGCAGCGCUUUGCGUCAGAAUGGAAUCACCACCUUCAUGGAUGAUCAGCUCAGAAGAGGAGAAGAAAUAUCAACAGCACUUCUCCAAGCAAUUGAACAGUCCAAGAUUUCAAUCAUUGUGUUCUCUAUAAACUAUGCAUCCUCCAAGUGGUGUUUGGAUGAACUUGUCAAGAUCCUCGAGUGCAAGAAAUCAAACCAACAAUUGGUUCGACCAGUUUUCUACAAAGUUGAUCCCUCGGAUAUACGAAAUCACAGAGGUAGCUUUAGGGAGGCACUUGCUAAUCAUGAAUGCAGAUUCAAAGAUAACCCGGACAAGGUUCAGAAAUGGAAGGAUGCUCUCUCAGAAGCAGCAAAUUUGUCAGGGUGGCCUCUUUUGGAUGAGCAUUGCUCUGAAUCCAGCGUUAUUCAUGAAAUUGUUAAAGAGAUCUCAGAGCAAGUUAUAAACAGUACAUAUAUGGAUGUGGCCAGGUACCCAGUAGGAAUAAUACCUCGGGUGCAAGAGAUCCAUAAGCUUUUAGAUGUUGAGGAAAGAGACGUUCGUAUGGUAGGGAUAUGGGGGGCUGGUGGAAUAGGUAAGACAACAAUUGCCAGAGCUGUCUAUAACUCAAUUGCUCAUAAAUUUGAUGGGAGUUGUUUUUUGGAAAAUGUUAGAGAAAAUUCAAUGGGUGCCAAAGGCUUUGUCAAACUACAAAAGAAACUUCUUUGUGAGAUUCUAAAGGGAACAAAUUUGAAGGUGGCCAAUGAAGCUAGAGGAAUCACUAUGAUCAAGGAAAUGUUGCAAUACAAAAGUGUUCUCUUAGUACUUGAUGAUGUGAAUGAUAUUGAUCAGUUAAACAAAUUAGCUGGUGAAUGUAGUUGGUUUGGUAUGGGUAGUAGAAUCAUCCUAACAACAAGGGAUAAACAAUUGCUUACAGGUCAUGGUGUUAGUUUAAUAUACAAGGUCAAAGAACUAGCUCAUCAUGAAGCUCUCGAGCUUUUUAGUCGAAAUGCUUUUAAAAGAAACGGACCUUUGGAUGGUUUUACGGAACUUACAGAACAUGCUAUACGCUAUGCCCAAGGCCUUCCAUUAGCUUUGAGUGUUCUAGGAUCUUCUCUAUGUGGUGGAAAUGUCGAGAAAUGGCAAGCUGCAUUAGAUGGUUUCAAAAGCCGAGAAAUUAGAGAAGUUCUCAAAAUAAGUUACGAUGGACUGGAUGACACAGUGAAGGAAACUUUUCUUGACAUUGCAUGUUUCUUCAAAGGUGAAUGUACAGACCAUGUGAUACAAACAUUAGAAGCUUGUCGCCGCAAACCUGCUAAGUAUGGUAUUAACGUGCUCAUAGACAAGGCCCUCAUCAAAACAUCUACGGGUCGCAUUUGGAUGCAUGACUUGCUGGAAGAACUGGGUAGAUAUAUAGUCAACAAAGAGUCGCCCGACGACCCUGGAAAGCGUAGCAGGUUGUGGUUUCAUGAAGAUGUUUACCAUGUUCUAACAGAGAAUACUGGAACAACCAAUGUUAUAGGCAUCAAGGUGGAGCUGCCUAAAGAUUCAGAUGUGAUAUGUUUAAGUGGGACCACUUUCUCCAACAUGCGAAAUCUUAGACUUUUCAUACACCGUGCUGGAUGCUAUUCUGGCGCUGUUGAUAGUCUGCCAGAUAGCUUGAGGGUAGUUGAUUGGCCUAGAUAUCCCUUACAAUUUUGGCCAUCCAAUUUAAUUCCAAGAGAACUUGCUGUAAUCAAUAUGCCUAGGAGUCGCAUCACAGUAUGGAGAGAUGGAUACAAGCAUCUAGUAAAUCUUACAUCAAUAAAUCUAAGUGGUUGUCAAUACCUAACGAAAGUGUCAGACUUAUCGGGAAGCCCAAACUUACGACAUUUGGAUCUAGAUUUUUGUAGAAGUUUAGUUGAAGUGCAUCAUUCCGUUGGAUUCCUCGAUAAACUUGAGUACUUGAGUCUAUUCUGCUGCUCUAGGCUUGAGACUUUUCCCACGGAAGUUAGCUGGAAAUCCACGAGGACGCUUCAGCUUUUCGGGUGUGGAAGGCUUGAGAAUUUCAUAAAAAUUGUGCACAAGAUGGAGUCCAUUAAAACAUUGGAUCUAAUGAAAAGUGGCAUAAAAGAACUGAAGUCAUGGAUUGGAUGUUGCAUUUCCUUGGAAGUUUUGACGUUGAAUGAAACUUCAAUAAAACAACUGCCCUUAACGAUUGGAAAUCUUACUUCUUUAAGAGAAUUGGACCUGUGUGAAACUCCCCUUAAGGAAUUGCCUUCAUCGAUUGGGUAUUGCACUGCCUUGAAGAAAUUGGACGCGUCUGAAACUCCCAUUGAAGAAUUGCCUCUAUCAAUUAGGUAUCUCACUUCUUUAAGAGAAUUGAAGCUGUCUAACACUCGCAUCAAAGAAUUGCCUCUAUCAAUUGGGGAUCUCACGUCCUUGGAGGAAUUGAACGUUUCUAAAACUUCCAUCAGAGAACUGCCUUCUUCAAUUGGGAAUCUCACGUCCUUGGUGGAAUUGGACGCUUCUAAAACUCUCAUCGAAGUAUUGCCUUUGUCAAUUGGCUAUCUCACUUCUUUAAGAGAAUUGAAGCUGUCUAAGACUCGCAUCAAGGAAUUGCCUCUAUCAAUUGGGGAUCUCAUGUCCUUGGAGGAAUUGAACGUUUCUAAAACUUCCAUCAGAGAACUGCCUUCUUCAAUUGGGAAUCUCAUAUCCUUGGUGGAAUUGGACGUUUCUAAAACUUCCAUCAGAGAACUGCCUUCUUCAAUUGGGAAACUCACGUCCUUGGUGAAAUUGGUCGCUUCUGAAACUCCCAUCGAAGUAUUGCCUUUGUCAAUUGGCUAUCUCACUUCUUUAAGAGAAUUGAAGCUGUCUAAGACUCGCAUCAAAGAAUUGCCUCUAUCAAUUGGGGAUCUCAUGUCCUUGGAGGAAUUGGACGCUUCUGAAACUCUGAUUGAAGAAUUGCCUCUGUCAAUUGGAAAUCUCAUUUGCCUUCGACAAUUGACACUAAAAGGAUGUGCAAACCUUACAAAUGUGCGGCACGGUGUUUACGGAGGGCUGCAGCAUCUACUAUUUCUAGACCUCUCUUGGUGUCCAAAACUGGUGACAUUUCCAAGUAGGGGGAGCGCUUUGGUUUCAUCAAGUGCAGAAUCUCUUCCUUUGAUGCUUCCAUCUAAUUCAAACAAUGGGCAUGAUCAUCCUGGUUCAUUAUUGUUUCCCCAGCUACGGAAGCUACAAUUUGAAGGAUGCCAAUUAUCAGUGUUCUCUGAUUUCCUAACGAAUCUUGACUGUGUGUCCACAUUACGGAGCCUUAAUCUAUCAGGAAGCAGUUUUGAUAGUCUUCCGGCAUGCAUAAGCAAAUUUCAUCGGUUGCAAUUUCUUGAUUUGCGUGGUUGCGAGUGGCUUCGAGAGAUUUCAGAACUUCCACCAAAUAUAGAAUAUAUAUACUUGAAUUAUUGCGUAUCGUUGGAAAGAUUUUCAAAAUUGUCAAAUAUACUGGAACAGAAAGACACUCCGGGAGUUCUUCGGAGUAUGCACUUGUCUAAUUGCAAUAGACUGAUGGAUAAUCUUGGCAUGGACGUGGUGUCGAAGAUGGCAAAAGCAUUACCGUAUCAGCUGGUGCAUACCGGCUUACAUCAUCAUCUGAUGUGCUGGAAUCUUAUUCUUCCAAGCCUCCAGGAAAUUGAAGUUCCAAAUUGGUUUGAUGGGGGUGAGGUGGACACAAGUGUGCUUCCUCGUCAUGGAACUGAUGGUAUAUGUGAAAUUUUGAUAAAAAUCCCCAGGAAUCUGAAGGCUGAGAGAAUAGGAUUGGUUGGAUUGGUUGUCUGUCUUGUUUUUGAACUUACCCAUGAGUUUUUCGAUGAUUAUAAUCGUGAUUUUUCACAUUAUUAUUAUCAUUGUUCUGUGUGGAUUGAUAAAAAGCCUUAUUACGAUAAUGGCAACCGUAUUGAAUUAAAAGCGACAGAGUCAUCAGCUCAUGAUCAUGUAUUUGUGCAUCUGACAUGUAUUGCUUUCAAGGAGCUAGAGGUGUUGGAUCUUGUGGUUCGACUGUUACCUAUUAUUUCCUGCCGCCCUGUCAGAGGGUUGCUCCUAAAAAGUUUCGGGGUCCACCUGGCUAAUAUGAAAGAGGAUCAUGCAACUGGUGAAGACCUGGCACGAGAAAGAUAUAGGCAGAGCAAUGCUAGCAUUUCUGAUCAGGUGGCUUUGCACGCAGAAGGGGCAGCGGUAGCAUCAUUAGUAUCAGAUGACAGCAAUUACGGGGAAGUACAUGAGGAUCAUCAUAAUGGGGAAUAAGAACGAGAACGAGAACAGGCUAGGAACCUCAUCUUCCAACAAAAAGAUUUGAAGACAUGGCAAGACAAAAAAAUAUAGGCAGACUGGCAGAGCAAUGUUAGCAUUUUUGAGGUGCUUUGGAAUUACCUGCUUGUGAUUUUGGUCACGCACAAGCUUCAGCUAGCUCUAGUAUCAUCAUCAUCAAGUACCGAUUGAGGCCUUGAAGUACACUAUGAUCAAUCAUUAAUACUUGGAUUUCAGAAGAAGAUUUUUAUUUGCCAAAGUUGAUCCCGAAAGAUGGCAAUUGAUGGUGAGAGGGGCAGAGGCACCAAUUAAUCUGGACUCAUGUAAUGGUCAAAUCUCGAUCAAUCCACACGAACAAGGCUGGGUUUGUUCUUCAAUUUCAAUUUGUGUUUGCUCAUUGGUUGUCUGGUGUUUUACUUAUUUUUAUUUUUUGUCUCUGGGCUUUUAAUUGGUAUUGUUUGCUGGCUUUUAGUGCGCUCUGUUUGUUACAAGUGAGAGUGAUAUAAUGCUAUAUAUCUUUAAACACUGGACUCAUAUCUGAUAUUAUUAAACUCAGAUGAUUUGUAUAACAUAUAAUUUUGAUAUCACUAACUAAAGUAGGGAAACUA